GUCGAAUAUCCUUAUUCUAUAUAUCCUUGCGCAAAAUUAUCAUAAAUGUCAUAAUCUGUCAGUGGGCUAAUAUUUUUCGUUAUGGCUAUGGCUGGCAAUUUAUUUCGUAUAAUAAAUUUAACAAAAAAUCAAACUGGAUUCUUGGUUGCAACAUCUAAUAAUGCCUCCAUAGCAUUUUACUCAGGCCCUCCACCAGGUACACCUCCACCCCAAACAAAAACCAAGUUUGGACCAUUAGCAGAUGAAGAUAGAAUAUUUACAAAUUUAUAUGGAAAACAUGAUUGGCGACUUAAAGGGGCAAUUAAACGAGGAGAUUGGUACAAAACUAAAGAAAUAUUAGGAAAAGGAGCUGACUGGAUCAUUAAUGAACUGAAAACAUCAGGUCUUCGUGGAAGAGGAGGUGCAGGUUUUCCUACAGGAAUGAAGUGGUCUUUCAUGAACAGACCUGGUGAUGGCCGGCCAAAAUAUUUAGUUGUAAAUGCUGAUGAGGGUGAACCGGGAACUUGUAAAGAUAGAGAAAUAAUGAGACACGAUCCUCAUAAACUUGUAGAGGGAUGUCUGAUUGCUGGAAGAGCAAUAGGUGCUAAAGCUGCUUACAUUUAUAUUAGAGGGGAGUUUUAUAAUGAAGCAUCAAAUAUGCAAGUGGCUAUAGCAGAGGCAUAUCAAGCAGGCUUUUUAGGAAAAAAUGCCUGCGGGUCAGGUUAUGAUUUUGAUGUAUUUAUGCACAGAGGAGCUGGUGCUUAUAUUUGUGGAGAGGAAACAGCAUUAAUUGAAUCGAUUGAAGGAAAACAAGGAAAACCUAGACUAAAACCACCCUUCCCAGCAGAUGUUGGUGUAUUUGGAUGUCCCACAACAGUAAAUAAUGUUGAAACAAUUGCAGUUUCUCCAUCUAUCUGCCGCAGAGGAGGUGCUUGGUUUGCUUCGUUUGGAAGAACACGUAAUUCUGGAACAAAACUGUUUAAUAUUUCUGGACAUGUAAAUACACCAUGUACAGUAGAAGAAGAAAUGAGUAUUCCACUAAAGGAACUUAUUGAAAUUCAUGCCGGUGGAGUUCAGGGUGGUUGGGAUAAUUUAUUAGCUAUAAUCCCAGGAGGAUCUUCUACCCCACUCAUACCCAAAAAAGUGUGUGAAGAUGUUCUAAUGGAUUUUGAUGGACUGGUAGCUGCUCAAACUAGUUUGGGUACUGCUGCUAUUAUUGUCAUGAAUAAACAAACUGAUAUUGUAAAGGCUAUUGCUAGAUUGAUAAUGUUUUAUAAGCAUGAGUCUUGUGGACAAUGUACUCCUUGCCGAGAAGGUGUUAAUUGGAUGAACAAAAUGAUAUAUAGAUUUGUUGAUGGUAACGCUAAACCGGAAGAAAUUGAUAUGCUCUGGGAAAUCAGUAAACAAGUAGAGGGUCAUUCAAUUUGCGCCUUGGCCGAUGGUGCAGCUUGGCCGGUCCAAGGUUUAAUUAGACAUUUUAGACCGGAACUUGAGGACAGAAUGAAACAGUUCCACGAGCAAAAGAAAAGAGCUUCAAAUUAAAUUUUGAAUAAUUAUAUUUUGUUGAAAAAGUAUUUCUCCUAAAGCUUCACCACAUAUGUAUAUAUUAAUAAAUAUAGGCAUUAAAUGUUUAUUUAAUUGCUUAAUUAUAGGCCGUUUAUUCUCAGCAUUAUCUAAAUCAUAGGUAGAUUAUUGUUGAUUUCAAUGAUCCAGUGACUAUACAGAAGUGAAAAUAUUGUUAACUGUGAACAAUCUGUGGUAUGAAAUUAAAAAUAAAAUAAUUUUUGUUACUAAAAA